AUGGGUAUUAGAUUAUUAGAAAUUUGUAAUUUUAAAUCCUAUAGAGGUAAACACCUUAUUGGUCCAUUUAAAGAUUUUUCAUGUGUUAUUGGUCCAAAUGGUUCAGGUAAAUCCAAUAUUAUGGAUGCUAUUAUUUUUGUAUUGGGUCAUAAAACUGCACAAAUUAGAGGCACAAAAUUAUCAGAUUUAGUUAAUAAUCAAGAAGAUAAAGAUGAAGAUUUAUCAACUUAUGUUGAAAUUACAUUUUUUCAUAAAGGUAUAACAUAUAUGUUUAAAAGAAAGAUUAUUGGUAAUGGUUCAAAAUAUUAUUAUUCUGGUUCAGAGGUCAGCUAUGAAAAUUUUCAAGGUCACUUAAAAGAGAUUGGUAUUGAUAUAGCAACAAGAAACUUUUUUGUAUUUCAAGGUGAUGUCGAAAGUAUAGCAACACAAAAUCCAAAACAAAUUACAUCAUUCAUCGAAGAGGUUAGUGGCAGUACAAAAUAUGUUAAAGAGUACAAUGAUUUAUUAUCUGGAAAAAAUAAAGCUGAGGAUGAUGUCUUUGCAGCCUAUGCCAAAAGAAAGACUAUUGCAUUCGAAAAAGAACAAUAUAAAGAACAAUGGAGUGAAGUAAAAGAAUAUCAAACUAUGCAAGAUGGUGUUGAUGCACUUAGAAGGGAUCAACAAUUGGCCAAACUUUAUUAUACAACUAAAGAAAUGAGAAAAGAAGGUAAACUACUUGAUGAAAGCAGAAAUAGAAUCGCAAGUAUUAAUGACGAAAUGAAACCAACCGAAGCAGAAUAUACAGCAACUAGUAUUAAGCAGGCAUCAUUACAUAAAGAGGUUAUGUCAUUGGAAGAUGAGUUAACUAGAUUGGCCAAGUCUAAAAAGAAGGGUGUUCCAGAUCAAUACAAGGUAGAAGAAGAAAUUAAAUAUAUUACUGAUAAAAUUAAAAAGGCCAAAACUAUUCUCAAGAAAGCUGAAUCCAAUCGUAAUAAACAAGUAAAUGAAAUUGACCAGCUUCGUGAAGAGUUAAUCGAAUCAACAAAGAAAUUAGAAGAUUUAGAAAAGGAUAAUGAUAUUGGUGGCCAAGCUCUUACCAAAAUGGAUCAUGCACAAAUAGAAGAAUAUAAUCGUUUAAAAUUAGAAUCUGGUAAAGAAACAUCUGGUAUUAAAAUUCAAUUGGAUCAAUUACAAAGAGAACAAAAGAUUGAUAUGGAUCAACAACAAGCAUUAAAGACCAAGCUCGAUGAAUUUAAUACUAUGAAGUUGAAAUUUAGCGAGGCUCAAGAGAAAUUUAUAUUCCAAAAAGAAACCGAAACCGAACAAUAUCAAGAUAUCGAAAAGCAACUUUUAGAGGCAGAAAAAGAACUCAACGACACAACUUCACAAUUUCAAGAGGCCAAUUCUCGUCAUAAUGAUUUAAAUAAUAAAUUAGAAGAAAUCCAAUAUCAAUUAUCAGAAUCAAAGUCUAUUAAAUAUGAAAGUCAACGUGAUAGACAAUUUAAUCAAACAGUUGAAACUUUAAAGAGUAUUUUCCCUGGUGUUAGAGGUAAAUUGACAGAUUUAUGUGAACCAUCACAAAGAAAAUAUGCAACCGCUCUCACUUUAACAAUGGGAAAAUUAAUGGAUGCUAUCGUUGUUGAUACCGAAGAAACACUUUUAUCAUGCGUCAGAUACCUCAAAGAACAAUUACUAGGUGUUGCAACUUUUCUCUCUUUAGAUCGUCUUCAACAAGUGAAGCCAGUUAAUCAAAAACUCCGUCAAUUAGGUGGUACUGCCAAAUUACUCUUUGAUUGUUCAAAGAUCCAAAAGGGUGCAGAAGAAGCCGUAUUAUAUGCUCUUGGUAACACUGUCGUUUGUGAAAGUCUUGGUGAGGCUAAAAUGUUGGCAUUUGGUGCAGAAAGAGUUAAGGUUAUCACAAUUCAAGGUAUUCGUAUUACAAAGAGCGGUUUAAUGAGUGGUGGUGGUUUAGCAAAUAUCAGAUCAAAGGCUCAAUUAUGGGAUGGUAAAAAUGUUGAAGCUUUGAAGAAAAAAAGAGAUGCAAUCCUCGCAGAGUUAUCAGAUGUUAUUCAAAUUAACGAUAUUUUUAAUAAGAGACAAAACCUUACUAGUGCCGUCCACGAAUUACGUUCAGCAUUCAAUCUUUCAAAGAGUAAAUUAGGUUUGAUUCAAGAGAGAAUGAAAAGAAAUGAAGCUGAAUUAGAAACCAAUAGAAAUGCAAUCGAAACAUCCGAGCCAGAAUUAGAAAAUCUCAAUAAAAAAAUCGCUCAACGUAGGGAGCAAAUUGAAAAACUUCAAGGCGAAAUUAGAUCAAUCGAAGAAAACUUUUUCAGUGACUUUAGUAAGAAGUUUGGUGUAGAUAACAUCAGAGAAUAUGAAGAUAACCGUUUAGCUAAAAUCCAAGAAAAUAUGCAAAAGAGAUUGGAAUUAUCGGAAAGUAUUUCAAAUAUUAAAAGUCGUCUCGAUUAUGAAGAGGGAAGAGAAAUCGACAGUGAAAUCAAACAACUCAAUGAAGAAAUUUCAAAUAAUGAAAAUUUAUUAAAAGAAGAAAUGGAACAGAAAGAACAAAACGAUGAAAAGAUAAAGAAAUUUAACGAAUCAUUUGAUAAGUUAAAACAAGAUUUUGUAGAAAAGAAGGAACAAUUAGAAAAAAUGAAUGUCACCAUCAAAGAAUUAAGAAAACAAAUUAAUACAUUCAAUAACCAAAUCACCGAUAUCGAAAAGCUUACAAAUAGACACGAUUUCAAUUUAACUAAACUUCGUGGUGUUUAUCAUGGUAUUCUUGUUGAUACUAGAAAUGAAGAUAUUAAAUUACCAAUUUUACAAUAUAAAGGUGAAGAUAUUAAAAACGAUGAUGAAGAAGAGGAAGAAGAUGGUAAAUCUGAUAAAGAAGGUGGUAAAUCUGAUAUGUCUGAGGGUGAAGGUGGUAAAGUUGGUGCCACUUCAGGUAGCGAGAGUGAAGGUGGUAAGAGGGCAAAAAGAACUAGAAGAACUGCCUCCACUAAAUCUGGUGAUGAAAUGGAAAGUGAUGGCGGCGCAAAGAAACCAACAAAACCAAAGAAACCAACAAAGAAAAAGGUUACCAAGAGAAAGAGAGAAAAUGAAGGUGAUGACGAUGACGACGAAGAUAUUUUCAACGAAUCAGAUAUUGAAUCCAAAGAUAAACCAAACCUUUUACAAGAAAUCAUCAAAGAUAUACCACAAAAUGCCUCUGAAGAUGAUAUUUUACAAAUCUAUGAAGAUGAGGCUACAAUUCUAUUCAGCUAUUCAUCAUUAAAGAAAAGAGUAUUUUCAGAUCAAAAAGCCUAUGAAGAAUUUUUAAAGAAACUCACUAUAGAUAUAGAAGCCAAAAAUAAAGAAAUGAAAAAGGUUAUGCCAAAUUACAAAGCUUUUGAACAUCUUAAAGAGGUUAGCGCUAAACUAACUACAGUAAAGAAGGAAUUGGAUGCAGCAAGAAAUACAGCUAAAGAGGUUAAUGAAAAAUUCACCGAAGUUAGAGAAGCAAGAAGAACAUUAUUUAUGAGAGCAUUCAAGAGAAUCGUUAAAAACCUCAAUCGUAUUUAUUCAGAAUUAACAAGAGAGCUUGAACCACCAUAUCAUAGAGGUAGUGCCCAUUUAUCAUUAGAAGACAGUGUUCAUCCAUAUAAUGCUGGUGUUAAAUUUACUGUAAUUCCUCCAAACAAAAGAUUUCAAGAAAUGGAACAACUUUCAGGUGGUGAAAAAUCAGUUGCUGCUUUAGCUUUUCUCUUUUCAACUCAUGGUUUGAAAUCUACUCCAUUUAUGAUUCUUGACGAAAUCGAUGCUGCAUUCGAUAGUGUAAAUGUAUUGAAAUUGGUACGUUAUGUAAGACAAAAGGCAAGCCAUGAUUUACAAUUUUUGGUUAUUUCCCACAAAGAACAAUUUUUCGUUCAUUCAGAUCUUUUGGUUGGUGUUUGUAGAGAAAUCGAUUCAGCCUCAAAAUCCUUUUUACUCUCGUUAGAAGAAUUUCCAGAAUCUGAUGAAGCUAAGAAGGCUCUUUUAUCUAAAGGAGAUGACGAAACUGAUGAUGGUAAAACAUCUGCAUCAAGUGGUAGUAGCGAAAGUGAAGAUGAUUAA